CCUUAAAGGGAAUAACAACAGGCCACAGACCUAGAGCAUCAAAACAGCAUCUCUCACGAUCACUUGCUUUAUAUACAUCCACAUUUGUCCCACUCAACAUCAUCACAGAGCUCUUCUUCUUCUUCACCACACCUCACAAAUCAAUGGCCUUCCUUGCAACCAUCCCUAACAAUGAAAAUUCUUUUCUUCUCAAGAACUCAAUCAAUGGUCUCAGAAACCCUACCAAAACCUCACAUGGCCACCUUAAACUUGCUCCCAUGAAAAUCCAGGCAACCCAUACUGCACACACAUCUUUUGUGGAACAAAAACUACUCGAGAAAUGGCUAAGUGAACCGGUAAGCUACCCGGUUCCUGAAUUCCAGUUCGGAGCAUACAUGACAACAAAGGCGAAAAGAGUGAACAGAGCACUAGAUGAGUCAGUUCCGUUGCAGGAGCCGGUGAAGAUCCACGAGGCAAUGAGGUACUCCCUUCUUGCGGGCGGAAAACGUGUGAGGCCAAUCCUGUGCAUGGCUUCCUGUGAGUUAGUAGGAGGGGACGAGUCACUCGCGAUCCCAAUGGCCUGUGCUGUGGAGAUGAUCCACACCAUGUCACUUAUCCACGACGACCUCCCAUGCAUGGACAAUGAUGACCUCCGACGAGGCAAGCCUACGAACCACAAGGUUUUUGGCGAAGAAACUGCUGUUCUUGCCGGUGAUGCCCUCCUGUCCCUUGCCUUUGAGCACAUAGCUGCUAGGACCGUAGUGUCACCGGACAGGGUGGUUCAGGCCAUUGCUGAAUUGGGCUCUGCAGUUGGCUCAGAAGGGCUUGUGGCAGGGCAAAUUGUGGACCUGUGCAGUGAGGGGAAGCUAGUGAACUUGAGUGAUUUGGAGUACAUUCAUGUACAUAAAACGUCCAAGCUUUUGGAGGCCUCUGUGGUAUGUGGGGUUAUAAUGGGGGGAGGAAAUGCUAUUGAAGUAGAGAGGAUGAGGAGAUAUGCUAGGUCUAUUGGACUGUUGUUUCAGGUGGUUGAUGAUAUUCUGGAUGUCACUAAGUCAUCGGAGGAGCUCGGAAAGACGGCCGGGAAGGACCUGGCAAGCGACAAGGCGACGUAUCCGAAGCUUAUGGGUCUCGACAAGGCUAGGAUGUUUGCAGGUGACCUGGUGGAUAGAGCUAUAGAAGAGCUUGGAUACUUCGAUGCUGCCAAGGCUACACCAUUGUAUCAUUUAGCCAACUACAUUGCUUAUCGACAAAACUAGUUCAUAUCUUUUUUUUCCCGGAAUAAAACUAGUUCACAGUGGUUGUCUGUUGCUUGUCCCAUAAAGGAAUGUAUUGUACAAUAAGGUUGAAAGAAACAUUUGCUCUGUGUCUACAUGUAAUAGAAAUAAUCUUGAAAUUGUCUAGAAACUAUUUGACCACGCAAAACCUCACUUGCUUAAAC